AUGCUGUUCCGAAACGACCUAUUGCGCUAUGCCAUGACCCGUCCAAGACAACAGCGAAGCAUUUCAAGGCUCUAUUCCUCGCGUAUAGUGCCUGUAACCCCCAAGGUGACCGAAAAGAAGGACCACUCGAGCGUCUCGACACCUCCGGCUCUGCAACGCCAGCAGCUGGAAUUCUGCUGUAUGUUGUGCGGGUGGGACGUGGCGUGCGGUACCUGCCCCUUCAGUUGGUACGAUUUCAAUCCGAAAAAGUUCCGCUCAAAGCGUCGAGGGAGAAACGGAGACGCUGACGGGAGCGCGUUUGCAGCUCGUGCGGGCGACAUCCAGCACGCACUCGAGGUAUUGGGCAUCCAGAUGUCGAGCAAUGGGCACGGAAGGACUUUGCCCACCCAGAAGCAAGUCAAGGCCGCGUUCCGAGUCAAAGCGCUCGAGUGGCAUCCAGACUGCAACCGCGAUCCUCAAGCCCAAACGCGAUUCCCCGAGAUCCUACGAGCUUACGAGCUGCUACUCCAUUGCGCCAGCUAG